AUGGCGACAGAAACGGGAAAGAUGUCUUUUGCCAAGGUGGCCGCGUCUGCAUCGAAAAAGGAUCUGCCAACGACUACGAUGUCCCAACAGGACUCCUCCAAAUCCCGGCACGAUAGCGCACCCAAUGCCGUCAACGGCAAGCCUUUCCCAUCGACGGGCAGUGUCAAGCCGCCAAAGAAGACAGUUGCUGUCCCAGAAAAGCCAGCAGCCUCAACACCAGCUGUCCCAAAUAAGACAGAGGCAGCAGCGGCAGGGAAUUCCGUCGCGGACGGCUUAGCGGGGCUGCAAAUCUCCCCUACAAACCCAGGCCUGGUGCUGGAUGAUGCCACCCUAGAUGCAGCUGCCGACGGGCAGGCAGGCACAGCUGGCACUUCGAGCACCGCUGCGAGUGCUGCCGUCAGUGCGGCUGCUAGCGCCACAGCCAGCGCCAACCAGACCACGCCGUCUUCGUCUGACGAUGUGUCGCAGAAGGCGGAUUCCAGCUCCGAUCUGGGCACGAAGCCGCCGAGUCUGGACGGCAAGAGCAUCACAUCUGGGACGACGUUUAAUGCUCUCGACGAAAAGGAGUCGCUGCGCCCGGACGACAGCGCCAGCGUGAAGGCGGCCGCCGACGAGGACGACUCGUUCUCGGUCCGUCGGUCGUUGCUUGUGUCCUCGCGCAUGGGGUCGGAUGUGGCUGCGCGCGUCCAACGCAUCCAGCUCGGCGACAUGCCACCCCGCCUCGUCCCGCUCACUAGCCAGGAGCCCGCGGUGUCCGGUGUGGCGACCCCGCACAGUAUCUCGUCGGAGCAGCAGCCCGUGACGGAGGCCCGUGUGCAGCUGGCCACCAGCACGUCCACGCCCGGCGGCCUGAACGGCCAGAACCCAGACGAAAAGCUGCUCGAUGCCAUGGCUUCGCAAAAGAACCGCGUCUUCCUCCUCCGGCUCGAGAGCGAGGUCGUCGAUUUCGUGCAGAACUCAAAGGAGCCCUUUAUGGACCUGCCGCCGAGCAACUCAUUCUGCCGCAUGCUCACGCACAAGCUGGCCGACUACUAUCACAUGACGCACUCCUUUGAGGCUGUGGCCGGCUCGGUGCGCAUCUACCGCACGCCGUUCUGUCGCGUGCCGCCGCCUCUGGCCAGCUUCGUGCCCGUCAACACACCCGAGAGCACGAACGCUCCCCCACAGAUUGUCAAACCGAGGAAGAUUAUGCGGCGUGGCGAGGAGUUCGACCAGCCGGCGAGUACCGGCCCCUCCAAGCCCACGUCUGAAGACGGCAGCGACUUGAAAGAAAAGGCGCCGCCUGCCAAGGAGAAGAUGACGCGCGAAGAGCGCGAGGAAGCCUACAACAGGGCCAGAGAGCGCAUCUUCGCCAUGCCCACCGAAUCGUCCACGCCCGAGAACGACGACGGUACCGGCAUCUCGCGCGCCAGCUCCGUCUCCGCCAAAGACAAGGCUGCCCAGGGCAAAAAGGCCAAGACGGCCAAGCAACGCCGCGACGACUCGGAGAGCUUCGACUCGCGCUCGCAGUACACCCCAUUCUACCACCACUCACAACAGGCCACCUGGGUCAACCCGCAGUUUAUGCCAACAGGAAACCUGGCGAGCUUCCCCUACAAUGCCCAGCAGCAGCAGCAGCAGCAGCAGCAGCAGCACCAGCCGAACCAGCCGAACCAGCCGAACCAACAGCCACACGGGGCGCAGUAUCCAAACAACAUGCAACCGCCAAUUGCAUACGGCACACCGCAGACCGCGUAUCCACCUGUCGUUUCCAGCAACGGCCCUGUCCCACCGGCAAAUGGAAUGGCUCAUCCCCAAAUGCAGCCGCAGCCUUAUAACAACGGCGCUGCCUACCCAUCGCCACAAGCGCGGUCGGUCGCUCCGAACAGUGCCCUCCCAGCUGGCAUGACCUACGCGUACGGCCAACUGCCGGCGCAUUACAAUCCUAACGACCCAAAGGCGCAACAUCCCAUCCCCGGCAGCUACGCCGGAACGUAUACCCGCCAUGGCUUCAACCCCAAGACGCAAUCGUUUGUGCCAGGAACGGGCCCGAUGGCGAUGCCCAUGGCGAUGCCCAUGGCGAUGCCCAUGGCGAUACCCAUCCCGAUGUCCGGUCCCCACGGCGCAUAUGGCGCGACCAACGGGCCUGGGCCUGUGCCAAUGGGAAUGAGCCCUGGGCAGAACCAAGGCAGCAUGCCCUAUAACACCGGCGGCUACCAGCAGCCCAGUCUGUCAACAUCGCCGUACGGCAGCAGCACGACAUCGAGCUACGGAAUGAUGCGCCAGGGAUCAGGAAGCUCGACGUCCGCCUACCCGAUGGGACAGCAGCCGUACCCAGGGCCUGUCGCCUACCAUGACCCAUAUGGCAACACCCUGGCACACGGGCCGCCACUCCCCGGCGCGCCUGGCCCUGGCCAUCUUCCGCCUCCGCACGGCCCGCCACAUGCAGCUCCCCUUGGCGCUCCCCUUGGCGCUCCACGAGGACCAUCUCAUUACAAGAUGAAUGCUCCGCACAAUGCCGCCCAGGGGCCCAAAAAGACAAACGGUGCACCGGCGCCAAAGGGGCCUGGCCAGUCGAAUGGCACAUCACAGGGCCAAAAGGGUUCGGGCCAGGCGUAUGGAAACCUGCCCAACUACGGCAAUCCGGCAACUCUGCCGCAGAAGCCCACGUCUGCAUAA